UAUUCUUGGAAAACAGCUUGCCAAUUCUGCCCAAACUUUUUCAUUCUGUUGUCUGGCCAGCUGGUCGAAAGAUCCACAGUUGGAACAGUUUUCAGAUAUGCAAGUGUGGUGCGUGGUCCUGCUGGUGGUGUCCCUAGCGCAGGCAGAUAGGGAUGCUCGGUGGCUGCUGAGACGGACGGAGGCUACUGCCGUGGUGGAGGAGCGACGCACCAUCACUCAAACCACGAUGUCAUCAUGCAUUGCUGUUGCACCCUCUCUGUUGCCCUGCGGACAGCCGGAGAUAUUGCCCACAGCUCCUGUGCAAAUCAUGACAACAAGAGCAGCCUCACUGCACGAACCAUCGCGAGAUCAAAGAUGGCUGACAGGCUCCACUGAGACUACGGGCUGGGACGAGUACCUUGGCCUGCGGCGAGCCACCAUCACAGACACUGUCACACGCUAUGAGACUGCUCUGUACCGUGAUCCCACGGCAGUGGUCACCUUCUCCAUUGUGGGCUGCCAGCCAUCGCGCCUACCCUUUGACCUUCCAUACUGCAAGACCUCAGCUCCUGAUGCAACUACGCAAUAGCAGCCAUAUUAACAUGAAUUUACAGCAAUUAUUCCAAAACUGUGUUGGUAGAUUUUGUGUGGUUUGACAGAUUUCUGCAUGCUCAUUAACCUAAAGACAAAUAUAUAUUUAGAGCUUACGUCAGAAACCUGUUUCUGCACUUGAGCAAUCAUACUGUUUUUGUGCCAGGAAAGGAGCAGGAACUCAUGAAUAUAACACAUUCCUGAAAAUCUUUGCGUAUUUCCUUCAUUCACAAGAACAGUCUUCCCACAGGCUCGAAGUUGCAUGUGGUUAAUUCAUUCCAAUAUUAAGCAUUAAGAGAUCAAAAGACAUGAUGUAAAAUGCAUACAAUAAAAAUACACGUUCAAAUCUCUUAGAAAUA